UUUUUGUUUAACUUAACUUUUGAAAUGCCGGUUUGAGAGUGAUUCUCUAAUUUCAGAAAUUAGCAAUGGUUUAGGUACAUAUAUAGAAUAAUAAUAAUAAUAAUAAAUGGAAAAAGAAAAGCCAGAGAAGAGCAAACAAGAAAAGGGCAAGUGUCAAAAGUGGGCGAGCAUGCGGGGGUUGAGUUAGAGAAGAGUGGGCUGAGAUUCAGACCGAGACUGGGCCUGUGGGGUGAGGGUUCGGUUGCGUGUGGGUGUGGGUAGCAGUGCAUCAUAGAGGGAGGGGUGGGUGGCGGCAUAACCCUUUCUUUCCUCACUUUUAGUUUUUCAUCAAAUGCUUAGCUCCGUAAUAGAAGCUUGGUACUGAAAGCAGAGGGCGAGCUUAACUCUUGACUGUAAUUUUCAAAACUACUUGAAGCUACCUAGCUAGCUUGGUCUGCAGCUUCUUCACGUGGAUUUCUUUUUUACAAUAGAGAGAAUAGAUAGAAGAAUCAGCAGAUGGAAGAUCGAGGUGAAAGGAGAUUUUGAGGAAUUGGCAUGGGUGGGUAGCCAGCGGCUGUUAGAUGUGAAUAACUGAUAUAGUAUAUAUCUUGUGGGGUGUUCUCAUUUUCAGUCAUCAAUGGCGAUAUCAACCACCCUGCAGUAGUACAACUCUGCUACACUUUAAUUUGGAGUCUUGGUAGAUUUUCAGUUCAUGAUAUAUUAAUUGUUGAUGGAAGAAAAGAUCAGUGGGCGCGGCAGAUCAUCGUCACCAAGGUUUAUGAUCAUCAACAGAACCCCUCUGUUUUACGGCAUCUCCAUCUUCUUCUUCUCCGCUUGUGCGCUGUUCCACACCAUGGCCGGCACCAGAACCACUUGCUUAGAUCUCAGGUGUUCCUUGACUGGUAAAGCUGAGUUGUAUUUUCAGGAAUUUGAACAGAGUGUAAGUACUGCGGCGGAGAAAGGAGGGCAUGUGACAAAUAAUAUUAAUAUGAAAUCAGAGCUGAAGACGAAGAUGGCGAGGAGGAGGAGCACCAAAGGCAGAACUAAUUAUAAUAGAAGAGCAGAGGCUAAAUAUUACUACUCCGUGAUGAUGAGGCGGCAGAGGAGGUAUUUGAGCGGACCGGGCUCGUCGCCGCCGCGGUGCACCGGCAAGUGCGGCAAGUGCACGCCGUGCAAGCCGGUGCACGUGCCGGUUCCGCCGGGGACGCCGGUCACCACCGAGUAUUACCCUGAAGCUUGGCGGUGCAAAUGCGGAAACAAAUUAUACAUGCCUUAAGGAAUUAAUUAAUUAAUACUGAUAUAUCCAUCCACCGAAAUAUCUCAUCUCAUGCAUGCAUGCAAUGUACGUAUAUACCCAUGCAUACAUAUAAAGCUAGCUAAUUAAUUAUUUAAUCAUAAAAUUUUGUAUUUAGCUAGCUAGCUAGCGCUAUAAUACAUCAUUUGAUAUAUUAAUUAAUAUGCAAUUAUGCAUGUGUAAUGCUUAGCUUGAAUUAAUUACCUAUUAUGUAUGCAUCACCGACGCUUGAGUGAAGUGUUUGAAUGGAUUAUGUAGUGCUAAUUUACAUGAUUAUGUAAAGAUUUUGCUAAUUAACAUUA